AUGUAUACACCGAUUCUCUACCUUGCGGCUCUUUUGCCGGUGGCCUUAGCAUCCUACUGUGGUGAAUCAGCCAUCCCAUACACAUUCCAAGUACUCCGGUCAGGAUUCCCUGUACUUGGUUGCGCUAGACCAAAAUGCUUCGGAUGGACUGCUAACGGAACAAGAGCUGGUGAAACUGCACAAUUCUAUAGAGUAUCCGGAAAGGAAGAUGGAUAUUUGAGAAGAUCUGACCAGUUCAUCAAACCUCCAAGCAAGAAUCCAAACUUUGUUCCGCAACUAGCGAUUUGCGCCGAUGACUACAAAUCAAACUCAUGUGAAGCAGGAGAAUGGGUUGGAGGACUUUCUCCACAAUCUGAUCCAUUCACCGAUAACCUUGAAAUGAAAUGCUGCAGCUAUCAAGUUCUCAUCAACUCCCAAGAUCGAGGUAACGCAGUUGUCAAGCAGGGACAAUUGGUUGUUGGAGGAGAAGUAUUGGACGACGGAAAACUGGUUGCCUUUGAUUAUAUCUCCAAUUUGAGCAAGACUGUUUCCAAGAACGGAACUGUUGUCUAUGUCGCUACAAUCAAGAGAAUGCCUUGUUUCGAUGAGGACCAACCAGAGGAAGCAAAGAAACAAGAAAACACCAUUGUCGAAGCCGCUGCUGCCGUUGAGCAACAAGCCACUACUCCAGUUACCACCACUGCUUCAAACCAACCUUCCGCACCAGUCCCACAAAUCAACCAACAAGCUCAAGUUCAUGGAGUCCCAGCUCUCAAUAUCCGACCAUAUGCUCAGCAACCACAACCCACCCAGGGGGCUUACCCUGCUAACACUAAUCCAACAGGAACUACCAACUAUGGACAGUUCUCUCAACAAGCUUACGGAGUAGCUCAAAACGGACAAUAUUCGGGAUACCCACAAUACGUUCAACAACAACCACAGGUACAAUAUUAUCAAGAUCCAUUUGCUGCUAUGAUCCAACAGCAACAACAGCAACUUCUUCAACAGCAAGCUAUUGCCAACCAACAACUUCAACAGCAACAACAACAACAACAGCAACAACAACAGCAGCAACAGCAACAAAUGGCAUUUGCCCCACUUCCACCAUUCCCUCAGCAGAUGAUGUUCCCACAGCCACAAGUUGCUGCUCAACCAGCCGCCGCCACUGCAGCUGGAACUGCAGCUGGAACUGAAACUGCUGCCACCCAACAGGUCGUCGCUGGUGUCCCACAACUCCCAGCCGCCCAAAUGCCACUUAACGUCCUCCCAGUAUCAACCCUUCCACCAAUGAAACUUCCAAAGCUUGAGGAUCUGCCAAAGCUCCAGAUUCCAAGUGUUGAAGAUGUUGAACAAGUCAUCCCACCAGUUCAACGUGCCAUUCUGACAAGUGUCGCCAAGUUCUUUGGAGUGCUCUAA